UGCUGAUCAUCACUGUUGUUGGCGUGAGAUCUUGAGAGAAAUGCAGUUGUUUGUUUUGUGAAUUCCAGAACCUCCUCUGCCCAGAACACGGUUGAAAUGUCUACAGUUCCCAGCCCUUGGUAUUCGGAAUGCAUCAAUCUUGCAAUCAUUGUAUAUUUGUGUGGAUGAAAAAGGGGGACGAGGAUCAGGAACCAAAUCUGACUUUUUUUUUUUCUUGCGCCCCUUCUGGCUACUGUCACAUCAGAUUGCAACAUCAUUUGCCUGGCAGAGCUUGUAUCUUCCUGAUCAGUAUACCUGCAAAGAUGUUUGAGAUGCCUACGGGAUUGGUGGAUCUCAUGAUACGGGCCCGGAAGUGAUCUGUAGAUCUGGCUGAAUUAAAAAAAGAACUGCAUCAAAUUUCAUGUUGGUUUGGCAUCUUAGCUUCAGAGUAGAGACGAGGCAAAGAUCUUGGUCUUCGGUCCUGGGAAUUAGAGUGGUCAUUGCCUUGAUGUUCAUUCUCAGUGAUGCUGGUGACUGUUGGUCUCCCUGCAAGGUCAGAAUUCUGGAGCUCAUGUGAGAGUGCUCUCUGAUAACAACUUCUGGCAAUAUAAUUCUUUUAGCCUUUCCUAAGCACAUACAUGUACUGAAAAAAAUUCUGCUGUCAAGAGUUUUGUCCAUAACAGCAAGAAACGUUGCUAAGCAACAGCAUUCUCUGUCCACCGUCUUGGUGAUCAUUGGUUCUGAUCCUUUGCCCGUGCAACGAGGGAUGUUAUGGCCAAGUCGAAGACUGCAGUGGACAAACCACCGGAGUGGGCUGUACCCAUCGCCUUUCAGCUUGGGCUGUUUGGUAUGGGCUCCAAAGAGCCAGAAUCCCAGCCUGUUCAUGCGACCAAGGAGCCUGACAUGCCGCCACCGGGGCAGAUCAGCUUCAAGACGACUGGUCCCAGCCAGGGUCGCAGCGGUCGAUUCAAGCGCAGAUCUCGCUCCCUCUCCCAGUCAUCAACAGAUAGCUACAGCUCUGGAUCUUACAGUGGCAGCUCCUCCGAUGAAGACGAUGUGUCGCCCCGGGAGAAGGUCCAGUAUAACUCCAAGAACUUUAAAGACUUCUGUGUUCGGAACAUCAAGCAGGCUGCAUUUGGGAGGAGAGAGAUUGAGAUAGCUGAGCAGGAAAUGCCAGGGCUGAUGUUGCUUCGCAAGCGAGCUGAAGGAGAGAAACCCUUGAAGGGAGCUAAGAUCAUUGGCUGCACUCACAUCACUGCCCAAGCUGCUGUGCUGAUUGAAACCUUGCAUGCCCUGGGAGCCAACGUGAGAUGGUCUGCUUGUAACAUCUACUCUACCCAGAACGAGGUGGCAGCAGCUUUGGCCGAGGCGGGCUUCCCGAUCUUUGCCUGGCGCGGCGAGACGGAGGACGACUUCUGGUGGUGCAUCGAGCGGUGCAUACUGUCAGAUGACUGGCAGCCCAACAUGAUACUUGACGAUGGUGGGGAUGCCACCCACAUGAUGCUCAAGAAGUGUCCGGAGACCUUCAAGCUGAUCAAGGGCAUUGUGGAGGAGUCAGUGACCGGUGUACACCGCCUCUACCAGCUUUCCAAGUCCAACAAGCUCAGUGUGCCGGCCAUGAACGUCAACGACUCAGUCACCAAGGUGAAGUUUGACAACCUUUACUGUUGCCGUGAGUCCAUCUUGGAUGCCCUGAAACGUACCACUGACAUCAUGUUCGGAGGCAAGCAGGUGGUUGUGAUUGGCUAUGGCGAGGUCGGCAAGGGAUGCUGCGCUGCCCUCAAAGGGCUGGGCGCUAUCGUCUACAUCACCGAGAUUGACCCUAUCUGUGCUCUUCAGGCCUGCAUGGAUGGUUUUCGUGUUGUAAAACUAGACGAGGUGGUUCGCAUUGCUGAUGUCAUCAUCACGGCUUCUGGCAAUAAGAACGUGGUGACACGUCAGCACCUUGACCGAAUGAAGAAUGGCUGUAUCGUGUGCAAUAUGGGACACUCCAACACCGAGAUUGAUGUGGACAGUCUUCGUACUCCGGACUUGACAUGGGAGAAGGUUCGUUCUCAGGUAGAUCACAUCAUCUGGCCUGACGGCAAGCGCAUCCUGCUACUAGCUCAGGGUCGUCUGGUGAACUGGAGUUGUUCCACUGUUCCUUCCUUCGUGGUAUCCAUCACUGCCACUACCCAGGCAUUGGCCCUGAUUGAGCUGUUCAAUGCCCCUCAAGGACGCUACAAGAAGGAUGUCUACUUACUGCCCAAGAAACUCGAUGAGUACGUGGCUAGCCUGCAUCUACCGGCAUUUGAUGCUCACCUGACUGAGUUGACUGACGAACAGGCCAAGUACAUCGGUCUCAACAAGGCUGGCCCCUUCAAGCCAAACUAUUACAGGUAUUAAAAGUCUGAGAUGAAUCCAUCGUUUUGAGGACAAGCCUGUUAAAAGACGAACGAGUAACAUUGUCAACAGACUGACUACUGUAGCAUCCAGGUAACAACAAAAAAAAAGAAGGAAAGAAAAGCAUAUAAACGGAACUGUCAGUAAUUUAUUAAGAAAUAAAAGGAGAGAAUGGAUAAUAAUGAAAAUGAUUAAAUAAUGUGAAUAAUACCAAAUUUGUGAAGAGGAAAAAAAGAUUAUAUUAAGUGUAAAUCUGUGUAAAGAGAAAUUGGGCUUGACUUUUUGGCGAGGAUUGUUUUUGUGGUAGAGCUGAAAGAGCCGCUGUUUCUUUAGAAAAACCAUAUUAUAACUGACCUAGUUUGACUUGACUAUUCUUUUCCGAUGUUAAAGGAAUGACUCUAAGCAUGUGGCAACCGCUUUGCGCAAAGGCAAGAAGUGAGAUAAUGCACUUGUGCAGUUAGACACAUUUUUUUUUGUGGGGGCUAGGUUCCGUGUAGUGAGGCUUUUGGAUGUGUGCCAGACUUUUUUGUACAUGUUGAAAACAGAAGCAAUACUCUGAAGUUGACACAAACCACAUCACACACAGUUUGCAUCAGUUAACGCUGGUUGGUUCUAAGUAUUCAUUCAAUAUGUGGAAACUAUGCUUUGAGCCAAAAAUUGGCCAGGAUGUUCAGGAAAGAAUCUGUUAGAUACAGCGUAUGUGCGGUGGUUUACUCUGAAGUGGAACUGUAGGUUUUCACCUGGAUAAAAGUCGUGACUUCAACCCCUUUUGCCCUAAAAGAAGUAGUCCUAAACUUACAUCCACCUGCAUGUUGAUACAACCGAUACAUUUCUAAAGAAGUUUCCUCCCUGCCCAAAGCGUUCAAGAAUUGUUGAAUACAGUGAGUGUGUUUAGAGGUGCACAGAUUUGCAUGUACAAAUCAAACAUAUUUUUAGCUAGGCGUAUCCGUCUAAUAGUGAUUGGCUAUUUACAAAUGUGAAGGAAAAUUGACUCCAAGCAGUAAACCCAUCUUGUAUUUAGCUGACUUUUCUUCUACAUCAAACCUUGGUCUGAUCUUCGUUAGUUCUCAUAGGGCAUUAAUAAAUAGACGUGUGUUGGCUUCAUGUAUGUCUGACAUAUUUGUUGACAGGACCGCCUAUGUUUGAGUUUUAGUCAAUGGGUAGGCUGGAAAAGGGGGGAAAAGUCAUUUGUGAGUUGAAUGAAAUUGUAGUAUGAGCUAAAAGAGCUAAAAUGCUAUGCCCAAUGUCAUAGCAAGUUUGGCAGUGAUCCAGUUUGGUAGUUCAACUGUGCAUGCUCCCAAUGAAGCAUGUUGUAGGUAUUUGGGAAAUUGAGUAAACGUGUGUGCGAGGCCAGCAGAAUUGUGGCGGCUGUCUGUUGACUCCCAUGCACUGAAGACAUUUGAGCCGGUAUGAUGUCAGGAGCUUUGUUCUCAAAUGAUCUGACCUUCUAGACUUAACCGAACUGGCUCAUUAGCAGAAAGUAUGUGCCACUCAUAGUGGAACUGCCCCUUCAACAGUUUAGGCUCCUUGAGUGGCAUUCCUCUAUUCCUGCUCCCUUGUUCCUGUGCAUAGAUGCUGUGUUUUUGUGCACAUUCCGGUGAACUUGACAGUGAAUGUUCUGUGUCAUACUCGUGUUUGUGUGGUACUAAAAGGAAACUGGUCGGUAUAAUGCAAGUUGUGUAAACCUUGUGUUGACAAAGCAAGGCAACAUUUCUCUCUACUCUCCCUGUAAAGCACCCUUUGUAGUAACAUUCUGCUGACUUCCACAGUCAAGAUUGCACCAACACUUACAUUUAUGCGGACAGCAAUAUCACGACAUUGGGCCUAAACGAUUCUAACGCAAGCAUCCCUUGUCAAGAUUGGGCAAAAUCUCACGGAAAGAUUGACACUGAGAAAGAGCAUUUUCAACAUUGUGUGGACAUGCAUGUUAUUAGCAUUGUCACUUCUGUGCAAGUCUGUACAAGACACAUUGUCUUUUUGUAGGAACCUACUUAAACUCAAAAUUUGCCCUACUGGGCAAAAUCUCACCCAAAUUUGACACUGAGAAAGAACAUUUUCAACAUUGUGAGGACAUGCAUGUUAUUGGCAUUAUCACCUCUGUGCAAGUCUGUACAAGACACAUUGUCUUUUUGCAGGACCUACUUAAUUUGGAAUUACUGAGAUAAGGAAUAGAAUUUCAAAACCAGUUUCAUACAAAUAAAAAAGAAGCAUGCUUUGCUUGAUUACUACAAAAUCAGGGAAAUGAAAGUUGGCAACAUGGGUCUCAUUUUGAACAUCUUAGCUGCACCUUCUUUUUACCUUAUGUGACACUGGCAUUGUAAAUGAAAAUUUGCAAGUAAAAUGACCAUUGCUUAAAAAGUAUUAUACCUGUAUUAUCCGGUACAUGAACUUUGUAGACAUUACCUCAGAAAAAAGUACCAUUCCUGUUCAACAGCAAACGGUAAUAAGAUAGUCCAUCACAGUGUGUGCAGUAUCUCGUUCAAGUUUGUUGGUGUAUUUCUGUUUUUCAGCGUAAAGUAAACCUUACUAUCAAGGAAGCAUUUUUUUUUUAUAAAAGGUUAGAAUUUGAAGACGUCUUUGACGGUCUGUUUUUGUUGUCUUCCUUGACAUUAUGACGUAUUUCUCGUAUCGUUUAUAUUUUGUUUGUCAUUGAGCAACUGUUUAUUGUUUGGUUGGACCAACAGUGAUAACAAUCAGGAAUUCACUGUCUCAUAAAUGAGAAAUAAGCAUGUGAUUCUGAUUGCAUCUUGUUGAUAGUUAAAAGACUAAGGAAAUAAAGUCACCUUCUGAAUCGAGAAAAGCAUAAGGUUCAGUUACUGAAGCUUCAGUAGUUUUGAAACUUUGACCUCCAUAGUAAUGACAGAUCACAGCCCUAAGGCAAACCCCUGAAUAUUGCUCAAGUAGCUCUUCACUUCGAUAUUGUUUCUAACUUACCGUAGUUUAGUUUACUUUCCUAGCACAGUGUGGUGGUAUUUGUUACAAUAUAAUCAGUGGUCUACUUCUGAUCAGUGGGAAUAAAGGUGUGUUAUUAAACAUUGCUUCAAUACCACAAUCAUGCUUUAACUUUAAAGCAACUUGUUCCAAAAUACUCUAUGUAGUACAUUUUAUUGAAUUGUCAAAGAUCACUCCUACACCUUUCUUUAAACUUGUGUUUUUCCUGUUAAAAGAGAACUAGUUGUUGUUAGGAACACUUUCUGCACCUUUAUUUGAACAUCCAUUUUUCUUUUGUGAGGAGUCCACCACCAACCAUAGUUUUAGCAGCAUUUUGGUUAAAAACAAGGAAUCUUUUCUUAAAAGCAAUAAGGUACCCAACUCAUGGUUAUAAAAAUUUUGAACAUUUCUAAGACACAAAGCCUCUGGAGGCUUAGCAUGGUAGCCAUCUUGCAGGGCAGUUCUUUUGUUCCUCAGGAAAACCUCCUUUGUCUGUACCCUGUGAAACAAAAGCACUGGCCUGCAAGAUGGCAGCCAUGCAAACCUCUAUGGAAGUUACAGAGUAUUCGUUAUAUUAGGUUCAAAACCACUUUGGAUUGAAUUAAAAUUAGUCAAUUGUAAAUGUGACAAAAUCUUAAUAAAUCAUACAGUAAACUAA